AUAUGAUAUCUUUUGCAAUUACAUGUCGUCAAGCACUCGAUCUCUUUCUCCGCAGCUCUGACCUGACUGAGUCUACCUCUCACUCCCGACCUCCUUCGAUCUCUCUGUGUCUGUCUGUCUGUCUGUCUCUGUCUCUGUGUCUGUCUCUGUCUCUGUCUCUCUCAGGCAAGCCAAGCCCCUUUCUUCCGUCUUACCUUUCAUUGUCGAUGUCCUUUUAAGCAUAUGCAGGUGCGGUCGGUUGCAGAGAAAUAGCGAGGGCAGACAAUCCUUGUCCAAAUCUUAAUCCGGGUUUUCCACGAUGACAGAACCUUCUAAUGUCAUUCAUGUUCGGAACGUGGGGCAUGAAAUUUCUGAAAAUGAUUUGCUUCGGCUAUUUCAGCCAUUUGGAGUCAUAACUAAGCUUGUGAUGCUUCGUGCAAAAAAUCAGGCUCUUAUCCAAAUGCAAGAUACUACUGCUGCAGUCAGUGCACUGCAAUUCUAUGCAAAUGUUCAGCCUGCCCUAAGGGGAAGGAAUGUAUAUGUCCAGUUCUCCUCACAUCAAGAACUGACAACAAUGUACCAGAAUGCUCAAGGACGAGGAAAUGAGCCAAACCAAAUUCUGUUAGUUACAAUUCAUCACAUGCUAUAUCCUAUUACAGUGGAAGUCCUGCAUCAAGUGUUUUCUCCUCAUGGAUUUGUAGAGAAGAUCGUCACUUUUCAGAUGUCAGCUGGUUUUCAGGCCCUAAUUCAGUAUCAAUCCCGACAGAGUGCUAUUGCUGCUAGAACUGCUCUGCAGGGACGUAAUAUUUAUGAUGGUUGUUGUCAACUAGACAUUCAGUUCUCAAACCUUGACGAAUUACAAGUGAACUACAAUAAUGAACGUUCAAGGGAUUUCACUAAUCCCAAUUUGCCUUCAGAACAGAUAGGAAGAUCCCCGCAACCUGGAUAUGGUGAUGCAGGAGGCAUGUAUGGCCUUCAAGGUACUGGAGCCAGCGCAGUUGGAUUUCCGCAGAUGACUAAUGCGGCUGCAAUUGCGGAAGCCUUUGGUGGAGGUUUGCCUCCUGUUAUAAGUGGAACCAAUGACUGGUGUACAGUCCUCGUCUCCAAUCUGAAUCCUGAUAAAAUAGAUGAGGACAAACUUUUUAACCUGUUUUCCAUCUAUGGAAACAUUGUGAGAAUUAAACUUCUUCAAAACAAGCCCGACCAUGCACUUGUCCAGAUGGGUGAUGGCUUUCAGGCUGAACUGGCAGUACACUUUCUAAAGGGUGCACUACUGUUUGGGAAGCGAUUGGAGGUCAACUUCUCGAAGCAUCCAAAUAUAAUGCAAGGUGCUGACACACAUGAAUAUGUGAACUCAAAUCUCAACCGCUUCAACCGUAAUGCAGCAAAGAACUACCGGUAUUGCUGCUCUCCUACAAAGAUGAUCCACUUGUCUUCUCUUCCCCAGGAAGUCACCGAAGAGGAGAUUGUGAGCCACCUGGAGGAGCAGGCCUUGGUUAUGUUUGAAACUGAGGAGCAGGCCACUGAAGCAUUUGUAUGCAAGCAUGCUACCUCGCUCGGUGGGUCAAUGAUUCGGAUCUCCUUCUCGCAGCUACAGGCAAUAUGACAACAUAAUUGUUUCAGAAAUAACAGGGAUGAGGAUUAUAAAGCAUAACAGGGUGGAGGCUUCAUAAUUGGGAAAUAUUUAUGGAGCUGAAGCUGUUAUUUGCUGUUGCUUUUCCCGGAAAUGGUGUUUUCGAUUGCGAUUGUGUUGGGAGGAUCUGCUCCUUCAUCGUUUACGGUCUUCGUUAUAUCCGGUGUUUGUAUCAAAUUAUUUAUUAGGUCCUUUACGUCUUGGAGUUAGGUGAUGCCAAAUUUUUGAAGCAUAGGAAGAGGGGAAAGUUUACUCUUUUUUUUAUAUAUUAAUUUUGGACUUGUGAGAGAGGGGAUCUCUUUAUGUGUAUAUCUCUUGUAAUUCGGGCUAAUCCAGUCAUCUCAGUUGUAUUCUCAAUUCCUUGAUGUGCUAAUCCCACUCCCAGAAUCAUUUCUCAACAAUUUAUAAUUUUCUCUAAA